AAAAAAAAAAAACAAUUUCAGGAAAGCCUGAAUCUAAAAUCAGACUUCGUUAUAUAACGACGAUUGCGAACUAUUACUUUGGGGAACCUAACCUUUCAGCGUUUAUGAUCAUGUCACUGACAUGCUGUUUCCAUGACGUGAUUUUUCGAUGACAUACAGAUACACUUUUGCGUCAAGAUUUUGGACGUGAUUUUUCUUCAUACUCAUAGACAUAUUUUUCGCCUAGGUGCAUAAUUUAUCACGCGCGAACCGCGGGAGCUGCUCCCGCUCUAAGUUGCCAAACAGGUAUUACAGGUAAGACGGCAGGAGUUCUUCUGGUCUCGCGGGCGCGUCUGCCGCAGAGCCAAAGAAGGCGCGAGGCAGAGCAGAGAGCCUCGCGAUUCGCGCCAAGCAGGAGAGUCAACAGGAAAGUGCUGCAGGUGUGAUAGUCUCAGGAUGUCGGGUCCCACUGAUACAGUGCAAGUUCCCAUCCCGAAACCCCGGCAGCGGCAAAGAUUGGUAUCUCACACUCAAUCCUCCUCUGAGAGAGCGAUGGUGAACAAUGCUCCAGACUCACAGUUAACUGAAAAUCAUCCCGAACCCCAAGGAUCACACAAGCUUGUGAAACCAGGAGCUCCACCAGCUUUUGAGGGAGAAGGUGACACAUCGGCUCUUAUCUCAAACGGUUCCAGUGAUGGUUUGCAAAACAGCCCUGCUUUCGAAGCAAAAGACACGGCUCGUUUGAUAAACAACAGAAAUGACAAACCAGUCUCUGUCCUCUCCAAACCACCGGGGUCAGAUGGGAGCAGCUCCUUGCCUCCCCACCAGAAUACUAGCUUGCCUCUGUCAGCCCAACGAGAUCGCUUGACCAGCAGCAAUCAGAACCAGCUAGAUACCAAUGACUUCAGACUCGAAACUGACCGUCCUAUAGCAACCUCUGGUUCUCCUCCUCUUGAAUCCUUGGGCACCAUCCUCAAGGAUCUGGCUGACUGGGCUACGGACCCUGGAUAUGACUCGUCCACCGAAGAGGAGAUUGCUGAGUUGCCUUCCCGGAGUGCAGUCUCAGAAAAGCCUUGUAAUACCAAUGACUCUGGCAAUAAGGUCCAUGUUCUCAGCAAUAUACAGCCCAGCGAGCUGAGAAAGGAGAAUUCAGCCCUGCAGACAAGACCCUUGAGGCAGAUGGCCCCACGUGUUGCUACCAUUCGAGUGAGCAGGAGGAAACAAACCCCCUCAGGCUCUAGUGUGGGUUCUCAGGCGGGUGAGGUGAACGUGGUGUCCCGCUCCAGCUGGCUGGACGUGUGGCAGGGCCGCAAGCACCAUGUUCUGUGGGUCACACUGGAUGGGCAGAUGAUGUCUCUUUGGAAGAAGCGUACGGACAAGUUCACCGAGGUUGUGUUCCAUGUUUCAAGCAUCACUAGCAUCCAAAAACAAGACCGAGCACACUUCUCCAUCUAUUUCAACAAGAAGCGCAUUGAGUUCAUGGCAGACACUCCAAUGGCACAAGAGAGCUGGAUAGAAUCUUUGCACGCAUGUCGCGGACAGGUGCCCCCUGCCCCAGCUGAGCAGCACGGCCCACUCCAAAUGAAGGACCCCCGUAGCAAGGUGUAUGUUGCUAUCUGUGGGCACAGCCUAUGGAUCCACCGCAGUAAAGAGGACUUCAGCUUGGGGGUUGGGAUGAAUAUUGUGUCCAUGGACAUGGCAACAGUCAAGCAGACAGGUCGUCACAGCUUCAGCCUCAUCACGCCUUACAGGACUUUUAAUUUUACAGCUGACUCCUCUAAGGACCUGUUGAUGUGGCAGGAAAGUCUGAUGCGGGUGAUCCGCAGUGCACUGUCCUGUAGCGAGGUGGCUCAGCGCCUCUGGUCUAGUCCCUGGAACAAGGUGUGUGCCGACUGUGGCUCGCCCAACCCCGAGUGGGCCUCCAUAAACCUGGUUGUGCUCAUCUGUGAGGCCUGUGCAGGGCAGCAUCGAUCAGUGGGAAUCAAUGUAUCCAAAGUGCGCAGUCUUAAGAUGGACAGCAAAGUGUGGACAAACCCAUUAAUCCAGCUUUUUGUGCUGUAUGGGAACAAGGUUGCCAAUUCUGUGUGGGGCCACAAUAUGCCCAUCGCAGAGCAGAUCCUGCCUGAUGCCAGCCCGAACCAGCGUAAUGCGUUCAUCAAGGCCAAGUACUGCAAAGGCCUAUACCGGCGACCACACCCCCUGGCUUUCAGCCAGAAGCGCCUCAACCAGAGGUUGUGCGAGGUGGUUUGCAGUCCAGAUGUCUCGGAGACUAUGAUGUUGGUGUGGUCGGGAGCACAGAUCCUAUGUCACACGGAGGACCCCCAGUUAACCUCACCCAUCUUGCUGGCAGAGCAGGCAAGCCAGGCCCUACAGGUGGAGUUUCUCAAGCACAAUGAGUUCAUAGAGGUCCCGCGCUGUAUUCAGAAGAAGCCGUCUAAACGUCUGGUGUCACAGAAUUCUGCAACCACGGAUCCAAACUCUGCAGCAGCUGGACAAGAGGAGCUCCAUGGGAAGCUGGAGGAGGACCGCUUCCUGUUCUCUCAGGAGAAUGACUCAGCUGCCUGCGAUGUUCUAGACCUGAGAGAAGUCACGUCGAUCUUCGACUGCUCUUCUGGGCCAAAAAAUGAGUUUGAGAUGCUGACACUCGCAGACAAACUGAUCUGCAGCUCUGACACAAGAGACGGUCUCCUCGCGCACUUAACGCACAUUUUGAAGGUGGUGCUCCCAGGAUCUGUCUCUGAUGAAGAUCUUCAGGGGGUUCACGCUGUGUCCAGGGUAUGGCUGCGGGAGGGAGAGGAUCUGCGGCACACUGAGGUCUGGGUGGCCCUCCGGAACAAUGAGAUCCUGAUUUAUCCCAUCGAGGGAGGCAAUCAGGAUAAGAUGCUGCUCACCCCAGACAUGUGCUCCAACAUGGAUGCUACUGAGAACACCAUUGAAGUGGUCACUGCGACCAGGACUAUCUGCUUACAGUUUGAGCAGGAAGAGCCCUGCCAGUGCUGGGGCGUGUUGAUGAAGGUGGCCUUGCCCCCAGAGGAAAAGCCGUCAAAAGAGCCUAGGUACCAGCUGCCCUCCUUCAUCACGGGCCGUGUCCCCCCUGGUUUGGAGAGGUGCAUCUCCCAUAUUACGCAGUAUGGUCUCAAGGUGGAGGGUAUCUACCGGCGCUGUGGCAUGGCAGUAAAGGUCAGCGAACUGGUGGAGAUUCUGAGCUCCUCUCCCAGCAAGGCUCAGCUGGUGCCACAUGAGAUGGGUGUUUUAGAUGUGGCUGGGGCACUCAAGCAGUUCAUUCGCCAGAAGCUGGAUCUCAUACCAGCAAGCCACAUGGGGAACUGGGUGCAGGCUGCAGGUCAAGCGGAAGAGGCCCAGAGACUGAAAGCCUACCGCACACUACUGAACCAACUCCCUCCAGACAACAGGAUCACACUCAGUGCUGUCUUUGGACACCUGUAUAUAGUCCAGCUCUACAGCCAGCAGAACAAGAUGACUGCUCAGAACCUGGCCAUUGUGUUUGUGCCCAACAUUUUCCAGCAGUUUGCUAUGAACACAGAUAUGGUGCGUCUCACCCGAGAGCUCAUUGUAAACUACACCGCGGUCUUCCAGGAAGAAAACAAUGAUGGCACACGGGAGGAAGAAAUGCUCACUUUUUUUUAAAAUGAGCACAGAUGAGAUGUCUAAUAAUCACUUCUCCAAGACUAUGGACAAGGAGUAUCAUCACCACUACUGUACCUUAUUU